AUGACUUUCAAGUUGCGCGAGAGACAGGACGCUAGGCGCAAAAGACUGGCCGAGGAGGGUAUGCCCCCAAGUCUGACUACAACCGUUGCUGGAGUUGACUACUUCCUUCAGGAGAUCCGGGGCGUGAUCAAGGGCGAGCAAGAUAUCAAGGAACUUUGGCCUGGAAAGGACGUGGAUAGGAUGAAGAUUUUGACUUUGGAUGGAGGGCAGGCAUCUGUUGUUGGCGCGUUCGUGCACCUACCCAAUGGCUUGACCGAGACUUACAAUGGCAAGGAGAAGGCCGAGGAGGGGUCCAGCAUGGACGGAAUAAUCACCAUCAACCAGGAAUCGACUAGUCUCGCCAGCCAGGGGUCAGCAACUCUGGAUCCAGUGCCCGCAUCAGCCUCCACCCUCACAUCCAUCCAAGCUCCAGCAACGGAUUCGCUCGUGACCCCAUCGAAACCUGCCUACUAUAACUUGGCUGUGAAGCAGAAGGCAGUAUACCGGCCUACAUUUCGCUUUAGAAGGUGGCUCGAGAACGAGAAGAUGACUAUCCCACAAGGCGAGGAGGAGGAGUCUAUUACUUACAUUGCAACCCAUCUGCCACUCCACCGAGGACCAUGCGCAAGCGUUGUUGAGUAUAUGAGAUAG